AAAAAAAUCUGUCUUUUGGUUACUUGAAGUUGACAACAGAGUAUAGAUGAGAACAGAAGAAGUGAAACUCAAAGAAAAAAGAAGUGUUAUUGCACAUGUAAGAUAAGUGGAGAGUUAGUCAUGUGCAUGUCAACUUCCGUGUUAAUGUAAGAGGAAAAAUACGUCUGCCUUUAGCAUUGCCCUUAGUGAGACUGAAACCAUUUCAUCAUGACUGAUCUUCACAGCUGCUUCUUUGCAUCCUUGCUUAUCUUUCAUCUGUCAAUUAGUAAAUGUGACACCUUAGUACAGUACUUUGAAGGCGAUAAUGCAACUUUGGCGUGCAAGUACAACAGUAAAUAUCAUGGAAAAUGUCACAUAUGCUGGACGAAAGGAGAUAUUCCCAAUAGGGGAUGCGGUGAUGAAAUUAUCGGAAGUGACGGUGAUAAAGUGGUGAGGAGAAAGUCGGACAGAUAUCAGAUGACAGGUGACAUUGAGCACGGAGAUGUGUCGCUAACAAUCAUUAACAUACAGAAAAAAGACUCUGGCAAGUAUGGAUGUCGCAUACAUGUUCCUGGAUGGUUUAAUGAUGAGAAGAAUUACGUCAACUUGGUUGUUAAAGACGCACCUAUACAAACAACACAGAAAACUGCCUCUGCGCCCAGCAGCACGUCUGACCAUGAAACCACAGAGAGCAUAUACACACCUGUGCCAACCACACAAGAACCUGUGGCAGUAACCACUAUUCCAGGCCAAAUAACCACUGAAACACACAGCACUUACCUGACGAGAGACACGACACAAGAGAGUACUUCAGUCUCAAGCGCUUCAGGUUUUCCAGAGAGCACCACUACUGGACUGUGGCCCUUUAACACAACAUAUGACAACUAUAUUGAUGAGUCAUCCUCUAUGGAUAAAAAAGAGAGUGUGAACACAACAGCAAUUAUUGUGCCUGUUCUCCUGUUACUGUUGGCUUUAGUAGGCAUUGCUCUCAUUCUGUUAUGGAAGCAAAAGAGCAAACGCAGAGACAUAGCACAAAUGGCCCAGAACUCAGAUAGCUCUGUCAUCUACAAUAACUCCGGCAGUACCGUGGGCCUGUACAACAGAGAGAUAGCGGUGGACAAUGUCUAUCAGAUAGAGUCUACUUAUGAACAGUGGCAUUAAAACGUGUGAUAUUUGUUGUUGAUCAGUGGCCUCCACUGUAUUGUUUUCUGUUUAUAUUGUAAAAUUGCAAUUAUGUGACAACUUUAUCUGUUUAGAGAAAUGACUUGACUAACUUGGCUAACUUUUACCAGAGCUUUAUAGUCUUGCAAAAACUGAUCUAUAAGCCACAUGUAGUGGCUAACAUACUCAACACUAUACUGUUAUUAAAACAUAUUUGAAGUGAACGAAGUUUCAUUUAAUGGUUUACCGUGUGUUUGGGUCAGGGCCGUGCACAGACAUUUUAAGGGGCAGUGGCCCAAACCAAAAAGGGGGCACUGAGCGAGGGCACAAUUUAUAUGGUUUUAACAAUAUGAUGUGUUAUAGAUUAAUAUCAAAUAAGAUAAGUGAUUAUAAAUGGAAAAUAUACUUAAUAACAAGAAUUAAAGUGUGACAAAACUGCUUAAUAUUCUAUAUGAUUUACGUGCUGAAGCUUUGAAUCCAUGUUUGCAAUUUUAAACAGCUUUUGCAGCCUUCCUUUCAACUCUGUCUUCUUUUUUGUGAAAACAUUGUUUUUUAUUUUUAUUUUUUGUCUACAAAGUGUGCCAUAAUGUUAUUCCUGUCCAUAAUAUUUCGUUUAUUUUGAAGUGGACUGCUGAUGCAUAU